AUGGCCCAAUCGUCUGUGUCCGGUCCGGCGUGGUGUGGCCGCGUCGACGAUUCGUUCAGCCCUCACGCCGGCGACUGCCGGGGCGGCUUCGACUUCACGCUGCUGUUCGAGGAGUCCAUCCUGACGCUGCUGCCCGCGGGUCUUAUCCUGCUUCUGGUGCCGCCGCGCGUCUGGUUUUUGUGGAGGCGCGAGAAGAAGGUCGCGGCUGGCUACUACCUGUCGGCGGUGGUCAAGAUAUCCGCAUGGACCCUCCUCUUCUCCCUCCAACUAGCCUCCCUCAUCCUCUGGGCAACCCCCUCGGCAUCGCCCGCCCGGACACGGACCACCCUGGCGGCGGUCAUCGUCGCCCCGAUCUCAACCUUCGCCCUCGCUGUGCUCUCCUACGCCGAGCACAGCCGCGCCGUACGCCCAUCCACGCUCAUUGGCACCUUCCUGCUCGCCACACUGCUGUUCGACAUCGCGCACGCCCGCACCCUGUGGUUACGCGCGUCUCUUUAUUCCUCUUUUGGGGGUAGUAUCAGCAAUGCCAUCGCCUACCUCGCCGUCGCGGCGUGUGUCGUCAAGGGCUGUGUUGUCCUGGUCCUGGAGGCGGUCGAGAAGAGGCGCGCCUCGCUGCGGGAUCGGUUCCGCGAGUACCCGCCCGAGGCGACGGCCAGUAUCUUUAACCGGGGGUUCUUCUGGUGGCUGAAUCCGCUGUUUCGAAGGGGGUUCUUCGGCCGGGAGCUGGAUGUCGAUGACCUGUUUGUGUUGGACAAGCAUCUGAGGGCUGAGUAUUGCUUUGCGCGGUUCCAGGCUGCUUGGGCGGGUAUUAGACAAAAGGCAAAAUCAACGCCAACCUCAAACUCAGCUUCACCGUCAGAGAAGCAGAAACAGACCCCCGGCCCAUACGCGCUCCUGGCGGCGUCGUACCGGGUCCUGGGCUGGCCGGUGCUGCAGAGCAUCCCGCCGCGGGCCUGCCUCGUGGCGCUCAACUUCUGCCAGCCGUUCCUCAUCAACCAUGCCAUCACGCUGUCGCAGGAGGCCAUCACGGACCACACGACGCAGGUCGGCUAUGGCCUGAUUGGGGCGUAUGUGUUCGUUUAUGUUGGCAUUGCGCUCGCCAUGGGCCAGUACCAGCACCGCACCUAUCGCAGCAUCACCAUGCUCCGCGGCGGCCUCGUGUCCCUCAUCUACCGCAAGACGGCCGCCGUCAGCCUGCGGGACGUCGACCCGGCCACGUCCAUGACGCUCAUGAGCGCCGACAUGGAGCGCAUCGUGCAGGGGUGGCAGACCAUGCACGAGAUCUGGGCCAAUGCGGCCGAGGUUGGCAUCGCCAUUUACCUCUUGGAGCGCCAGCUGGGUGUGGCGUGUGUCGUGCCCGUUGCCGUGUCCAUUCUCUCCCUCCUCGGCUCCCUCUUCGCCAUGAACUUCAUCAUGUCGCGGCAGGCGAUGUGGCUCGAGGCGAUCGAGAAGCGCAUCUCAGCCACAUCGGCCAUGCUGGCGUCCAUGAAGGGCGUCAAGAUGUGCGGCCUGCAGGACACGCUGCUGGGCAGCCUGCAGCAGCUCCGCAUCGACGAGCUGCGCAUCUCCAAGCGCUUCCGCCGGCUGAUCAUCUGGAACAUGGUGUUCGCCUACUUCACUCAGGUGUUCGCGCCUGUGCUGACUUUUACCGUCUUCUCGCUGCGCGCCCGCGGCAACGACGGCAGCACGCUUGACACCGCGCGGGUCUUCACUUCGCUGUCGCUGUUCGCGUUGCUCUCGGAGCCGCUGGCGUCGCUGGUCAUGUCGCUGGCGACUUAUCUUGGCGCCGUCGGCAGCUUUGUGCGCAUCCAGCAGUUCCUGCAGUCCGACGAGAGGGCCGACAUGCGAAACUCGCUAGUCUACAACAGCAACAGCAACAGCGAUCCGGACGACCUGUCUUCCUCCUCGUCAAACGAGAAACUGCCGCGGUUCAUCGACAACACCACCAACAACAACAAGACCGCCGCCCCCGACGCCAUCACAGUCCGUGAUGCCAACUUCGGCUGGGACGCUGACAAACCACCCAUCCUGCGCGGCAUCAACCUCACCGUCCCAUGGCACAAGCUGACCAUGGUGGUCGGCCCCGUGGGGUGCGGCAAGUCGACGCUGCUGCAGGCCGUGCUGGGCGAGGUGCCCACGCUGAAUUCUUCCGGAGAAGGAGGGGGGGUGCAAUUGGGAUCGCUGAGCAUCGCCUACUGCGCGCAGAACCCGUGGCACAUGAACGGCACCGUGCGCCAAGCCAUUGUCGGCUGCGAGAAGUAUGACGAGAAGUGGUAUACCCGGGUUGUGCAAGCGUGCGCGCUGCAGCGGGAUUUCCGCGAGCUGCCCAUGGGCGACGGGUCGAGGAUUGGGAGUAGCGGGGUGGCGCUUAGUGGUGGGCAGAGUCAGCGGAUUGCACUAGCACGGGCCGUCUAUGCCCGACGGGAGAUCGUCAUCUUGGACGACGUCCUCAGCGGGCUGGACAACUCGACCGAGAACCACGUCUUCCACAGCCUGCUGGGCCAGCACGGGAUCCUGCGUGAGCUGCAGUCCACGGUGCUUCUUGUGUCGUCAUCCGCCAAACGUCUCCCCUACGCAGACCACAUCGUCUGCUUCGGCGCAGACGGCGCCAUCACAGCGCAGGGCACCUUCGCGGCGCUCAACGCGGCCGGCGGGUACGUGUCCUCGUUCAAUCUACGCGCAGCCGACUGGGCGUAUGUCCAGGACAAAGAAAACAACAACAACGGCGACGGCAAUAAUGAUAUCGGGAUCGUGCACACGGUCUAUGCCUCGGACAGCGAGGCGCCCAACAACAUCCCCAAUGGCUCGCGCUCGUCCGGCAGCAGCGAGACGGCGUGUCCGCCGGGGCGCAACAGCACCGAGGCUGCUGACACCGGCCGGCGCACGGGCGACGUGCAGAUCUACCUGUACUACGUCAAGUCGGUGGGCUGGUGGGCGAGCGUGAUCUUUGUGGUUGCCAUUGUCGGCUUUGUGUUUUGCCUGUCGUUUCCGAGCGUCUGGGUGCAGUGGUGGGCGGCCGACAACGAGUCGCGACCCAACGACCGACUGGGCUACUGGCUGGGCAUCUAUGCCAUGCUUGGAGGCGUCGCCAUUGUGUGUCUGUUCAUCAGCUGCUGGCAAAUGAUUGUCACCAUGGUGCCACUCUCAGGAGAGAAAUUCCACUUUGCCCUGCUCAAGACUGUUCUCAGCGCCCCGUUGUCCUUCUUCGUCAACACCGACUCCGGAGAAACCAUCAACCGGUUCAGCCAGGACCUGCAGCUGAUCGACAUGGAGCUGCCCACGGCGGCGCUCAACACCUUCGCCACCUUCGUGCUGUGCAUCGCCCAGAUGGCCCUGAUCGGCGUCGGGUCCCGCUACGCGGCCAUCUCGUUCCCCGUCGUGCUCGCCGCGCUGUACCUGAUCCAGAAGGUCUACCUGCAUACGUCGCGGCAGCUGCGCCUGCUGGACCUCGAGACCAAGGCGCCGCUCUACUCGCUCUUCGAGGAGUCCCUCGCCGGGCUGGCCACCGUCCGCGCUUUCGGCUGGCAGCGCGCGCUGGAGGAGCGGAACCACGCGCUGCUGGACCGGUCGCAGCGGCCCUUCUACCUACUGUUCGCCGUGCAGCGCUGGCUGACGCUGGUGCUGGACCUGCUCGUGGCCGCCGUGGCCGUGCUGCUGAUCGUGCUGGUGGUGGCCCUGCGCGGCACCGUGGCCGCCGGCGGCGUCGGCCUCGCCCUGCUGAACGUCAUCCAGUUCAGCCAGAACAUCAAGCUGCUGGUCACCUUCUGGACCCAGCUCGAGACCCACAUCGGGUCCGUCGCCCGCAUCAAGGCCUUCACCGAGACCGCCGUGGCCGAGGACCAGCCCGAGGAGAAGCAGCUGCCUCCCCCCGGCUGGCCUUCCACGGGCGCCAUCGAGUUCGACAAUCUCUCUGCCACCUAUAACCGGGACGACCUAGUCCUGCACUCCGUCUCCCUGACCAUCCAACCAGGAGAGAAAAUCGCGGUCUGCGGCCGGACGGGCUCCGGCAAGACCUCGCUGAUCAUGUCACUCUUCCGGCUCGUCGACCUGCAGCCGGGCUCGCACAUCCGCGUGGACGGGAUCGACAUCGCCACGCUCCCGCGCCAGGAGGUGCGCCGGCGCAUCGUCGCCGUGCCGCAGCAUCCCUUUUUGCUGAAAGGGUCGGUCCGCCUCAACGCUGACCCGCUCGGCGGUGCGUCUGAUGACGACAUCCUCGCGGCCCUGCAGUGCGUGCAGGUUAAGGAUAUGGUGGAUAAGGUUGCCGGUGGGCUAGAUGCGGAUAUUGAGAUGCUUAACUUGUCGGCGGGGCAGAAACAGCUGUUUUGUCUUGCGCGUGCCAUGCUGAGGCCGGGGUGUAUCCUUGUUUUGGAUGAGGCGACGAGCAGCAUCGACGCAAAGACAGAAGAGGUCAUGCAGCGGCUGAUCCGCCGCAAGUUCGCCGGCCACACCAUCAUCGCCGUGGCCCACCGCAUCGAGACCAUCAUGGACUUCGACAAGGUGGCCGUGCUCGACGCUGGGCGCCUGGUCGAGUUCGAUAGCCCCUACGCGCUGCUAGACAAGCCCGGCUCGGCCUUCGCGCGGCUGUACAAUGCCGCGCUGGUCGAGGAGGAGGAAGCGGAGGAGGUGGUAGAGGAUAUGGAUUCCUUGAGCGUGGGUAAUGAUAUUAGCGCUGGGAAGGGAUUUAAAAGCGGGUGA